AUGAGGCAAUUCAUCCUUCCAUUAGUCAUAUUGGCAAUUCACUUCAUUCCUGCCGCUUUGGGUUCGGAUACUCCCGUUUUGUUUGAAACGACGUAUACUACCGUUCAUAUCGUCAGCGGUGUUCCAAAUACACCUACGAUACUCCGGUUUCGUUGUCAGUCCGGAGACGAUGAUCUCGGAAUGCACGAGCUGCAGUUAUUCCAAGAAUACAGUUGGGAGUUCGGGCUCAAUGUUUUUGGAAGAACUCUCUUCUUCUGCCAUUUUUACUGGGGCGCCAAGGAUAGAAGUUUCACGGUUUAUGAAAGCAAAUUAAAUAAGUAUUGCUCAGGUGGUCGUGCUUACGAGGCUUCUCAUCAGGAUUGCUACUGGGUAGCGACACCAACUGGUUUCUUUAUAAGCAAAGAUGAAAACACAUGGAUCAAAAUGCACGAUUGGACUCUACCGUAA